UCCUUUCGAGGCCCGUAUAUAAAGAGAACGCGCCACCAAUGUUGCAUAAGACUGGUGAGAACCGAGAGUGCUGCACGAGGAGUAGGGAACCGUACGGGCGAACAAGAACUCAAGUACCCAAGCCCUUCGAACCAUCUGUGAAAUUGAGACAACUCUACUUUUGUUUCGUUUCGUGUAAAAUACCAACAUCUGAAAUGAAGCUGUACAUACAAGCGUUGUUGGUGUUCCUGUUGGUAGCCGUGCUGACGGUAGGCCGCGGCGAGGGCUGUGUCGUUGGCUGCAUGCGUGGGUUGUUUGUUUGUAAGCGGCAGCUCCAGAACGGCCAGCUGGAAGAUAAAGACCCCGCCUACUGCUGCGACAACUACAAGAAGUGUUAUUCCGAAUGUAAACCGGGCAAGAAGUACAUACCAUGCAAUAUCGGCAAACGAGGAAGCUGGAACAAGAGGUACGACGACUCUCAGUUCAACCCAAUGUUCAACCAGGAAGACCCCUACUUCUUGUGAAAAACGUCAUCACUUUCUGUGUGCAUGAUCACGUGACAAUUCUUCCAUCUUUCAUUGGAUCCUAUCAACACGAUCCCCUAGUCGCUUAUGAAAGUCAACAAUAAUUUCCGCCAUCUGCAUAAACUGCUGAACAUUGAACAAAAAACUCUUUUCCUUCAUCGCACACUCCCCUUUUCGCUGGCACGAUUUUAGUUUCUGGGGUGAAGUUUGGAACUUAUUUUGUCUAUCAAUACAGAUGGUUAAUGAAGUUCAGCAUAGAUAAAUACGAAAAGAAAUAAAACUGCUGUCAAUGCAGGUUCGGCAAAGCGUUUCGCGGGCUGAGGAAACAAAUGCAUAUAUUUUAAAGUUGCACUAUGGUUGAAUAAAUAUCUGAUGAAGUGGAAA